AUGCUGGCAUCUUCAGACGACGAAGCGGAAGCCGAGGGGCCGGGGCAGGGAGGGGAGGACGACGAGGAGGAGCUGAAGAGGUGGAUCUCCGAGAUUGAGGCGGUGCACGGGAAAGGGGCCGCCGGCGGGGGCGGCGACGGCGACGGAGGUGGCAGUGGCGAGGGGUCGGAGGGCGAGGGCCUAGAAGAUAUGCUGCGGCGCGCCGGCGUGCAGGCGGACGCGGCCGGCUUUGUGGAGGAGCAGGAGCGGCUCAUGGCACAGGCACGCGCGGAGCGCGACGCCGCGCGCGCGGCGGCGGCCGCGGCGGCGGCGGGGGCGUCGCGGGCGGGGGCCCGCGCCAUCGUAGACGAGUGGCCGCGCGUGAUCCACAUCGCCGCCGCGCACGAACCGGACUGCGACGGCCUCGUCGCCGCGGCGCCGCGCUUGGCAUCGGCCGCGCACGCCCUGCGCAUCCACAUCUCCUCCGAACACUUCAUGGUGGAUUUGGCCGCCGUGCUUCCGCUGCUGGGCUUCAAAAACCUGAUAUCCCUGAGCCUCUACACCAAUGAGUUCGAGGACGUCGACCCGCAUAGAGUCAAUUCCCUGGCGGAGUGCCUCCCCCUCUUCCCGCGCCUGCAGCGGCUCGAGAUCGAUCUCGACAACUUCUUUAUGGUAGAGACCCACAAACCGGGCGUGCUGGUCAACGCCGCGGCGCGCCACCUGCCAGAGCUGCGGUCCCUCUCGCUGGGAAUCGUGGAUGACGACGGCAGCCGGGCGCUGCGAGACGCGCUGUCCAGCCGGGCUUGGCCCCACUUGCAGGAGCUAUGCGCGGGUUGCCUCUCGCGCGAGGCGGCGGAGGCGCUGGUGGCCUGCCCGGCGGGCUUGACGGCGCUCGCACUGCCGCUCCUGACUGCCACAGCUUACGGCGCAGCCCUGCGGGCGCUAGGCGCGGCGGCGGCGGUGGGGCAGCUCCGCUGCCUGCGGCAGCUGCUGCUGCUGUUUGGGUACGAGGACGAGAUCAUGCUGACUGUUGAGGACGUGCGGGCGCUGCGGGGCGUGGAGCUCCCGGCGCUUGAGAGCCUGGUGGUACACAAGAUUGGUCAAUACGCGGACAAAGACCCGGCCACCCACCUCGCCGCCAUGCGCCUGCCGCGACUGCGGCGACUGAAGAUCGAUGUGUGCUCGUUCGAGGCCGCCGCAGCGCUCGCCGCGGCGCCGUGGAUGGCGGGCGUGGAGGAGCUCGCCAUAUUUGGGGACUCGAUCGUUUCUCCAACCGGCCACUGGCUCAAAGUACUGGCCGCCGUGCCGCUGCCCUCGCUGCGCGUGCUACGCAUCAGAAUGUCACCGCCAAUCGACCAAACGUUCUCGCCGCGGUUCUUGUCACAACGGAACCUAGUGCGCGUUCUGGCGCAUGCGCUGUGGCUGCCCAGGCUGACUGGCCUCCGUUUGAAGUGUGAGUACUCCAGCCGCGACGAGGCGUCCGCCCAGCGGGCGUGGGCCGCCCUGGCCGCUGCCCCGCUCCAUUCGCUGCGGCGCCUGGCCGUCGCAGACAUGUUUGAGGGGCUCUACUCAACUCGCGACAUCGCGCCCUGCGCGGCGAUGAUGCGGGCGGCUGUGGUGGGGGUGGAGCGCAUGGCCGCGGCCGGCUGGCUGCCGCAACUGGACGCGCUCGAGCUGCCUCAAGAUUAUAAGGGCGCCCUUGCCACUGCGGCGCGCCGCUUCCCCACCUUUGAGCAGCUGCAGGCCCGGGGGGCUCUGCGGUUUGGUGCUGCAAAGUGCUGA